GCGAUCACAGACCUCACUCAGUAAACGCGUCUCAAAUUCCCCCGCUUGAGCAACUUGCUUCUGACGCGACCUUCGUGACUAUUUUUAUUUGUAUAUUGAAGAUUUUCUUUUUCGUUUCGCGUUGUAUACUUAAUUGAAGAUCCCCACCCGAUAAUAAUAUUCACCUCAAUUCGUCUUUCCAUACUCACACAUUCUUCAACGGGCACCACGUUGAUCCAAGGUUCCCAGCUAGCCGGCCUCGCAUAGGGAUCCAGAUCACAACAACCAUGUCAAUGUCUAGGAAAGGCCAAAAUGCCACUGGGCCCCCACCGCCACCAAGCGGGUGCGUGAACAUUGAUGAUAUUCUGGGUGGUGAGAUCCCGAAAGGGAAAUUGAUUCAUAUUUGCUGCGUUGUCAAAGACUACCAGGCACCAAUACAUACUCGAGGCAAAGAUUACAAAAUGAAUGUCACAGUGUUCGAUCAUUCGACAGUAGAGGAUCAAAGGUCAAUCGAACUCGCCAUUUUCCGUCCUUUGAUGGACCAAUUCCCGAAAUUCAAUGCUGGCGAUGUUCUCUUGGCCUUUAGUGUCAAGGUUCAAGAAUUUCAAGGGUGCAUCAGUCUCAUCACGCAUAACAACAGCUCCUUAAACGUCUAUUCGGGCAUCUUGAUCCCCAAGCCUUCUGGCAGUCAGUCAGCAUCCGUGGCGCUCAAGUCAAACGCUAAGCUUCGCGGUCGCUUACCUUCUGACAAGGACCAUGCGUAUGUCUCGUACAUGUACCACCAUCUCGACAAGAGCUGCAUCCCGGAUCAAGAGGCCUUCCAAGCGGAAGCGAACCAGUCUAUGAACAUCAGGGACAAGUUCAGCACCCUCGAAAAUAUCACUGAAGGCAACUUUUAUGACAUAAUAGUGCAGCUGGUAAAGGAUCCUUACGACAUGUUCGGGACACUUACAUGCUAUGUCACGGACUACACCACAAACAGUCGCUUCUUCAACCAGACUACAGAUGGCAAAGGCCGGGGUCGCGCCGAGAGAGACGACGAUCCAUACGGUUAUACCGCCAAGUUUCAGAUCAACAACAUCGAGUCUGCCUCCGCAUGGCCGGGCCCCUAUGGCCAAAUGUCGAUGCAACUUACUUGCUGGGACCCACACGCUUCGUAUAUCAAAGACAACAAGCUUGGCGCGGGUACCUGGGUCCGCUUUCAAAACGUGCAUAUUAAGCCUGGAAAAAAUGGGAUUAACUUGGAGGGCUUUCUGCGCCAAGACCAGAAAUACCCAGAGAGGAUCAAAGUCGAAAUACUCGAGGACAACGAUUCACGUCUCAAAGAUGUUCUGCGUCGCAAGCAAGAAUACGAGAAAUCAAACAAGCGCAAAAACCCGCACCACCACAACCCUCGAGUUGCUCAACAAGCUCAAGUACGGCAAGGACCAGAUCCUACUAGGGGAAAGGAACAGCGCCUUGGGGAGACGUCCGCCGAAAACAGUAAUCAGCGACGAAAGAGGCUGUGGGCGGAGAAGCAAAUGGCUGCGGAACUCGCGCAGAAGCGCAAGGAUGAAGAGACAUUAGGCCUAAACAGUUUAGUCAGGUGCGAAAACUUGAGCCAGGAGGCAAGCCCAAUAUCGAGACUCCUGGAGCCCGUAUACUACGAGGCGAACCUGAACGGUCAAGAGAUCCGAUUUCAGAUUCCUUUUAACAAUGUCAACUACCGUACAAACGUGCGCGUGGUAGACUUCCGCCCUGAGCGACUUGAGGACUUUGCCAUUUGCCGUCCCAGGUCCCGAUAUAGCGGUGACAUUAGUGACGACAGCAGCGUCUCCGGCUUGGACGAUGAUGAAGACUCGUCCAACUGGGAAUGGUGCUUCUGGUUGCAGGUGGAGGAUGCCAUGGCCUUCAAGAACCGGGGUAAACGGCCCGAAGAGCGCGUAUGGGUGAUGGUGGACAAUCUUGCCGCGCAAUGCCUGACUUUAGAUGACGCAGUAGAUCUUCGAGCAAAUCAAGAUAAUCUGUCGGCUCUGCGGGAGAAAAUGUGUACCCUCUGGGGGAACCUGGAAGAACUCAAGCGAGAACGGUCAGAGAGUCGUCACGAUGCUAAAAGGCGCCGAAAGCAUCUUGCGAUGCCGCCGCUCAGCUCCGAGGGAAAUGUUAACGCUGGCGCGGACUUGAUGAAGGACUUGUGCAACGACCCCUUCUCCUGCUGCAUAAAGCAAUACGGUGUCAUGGAGAAGACGGACGAUCCGAAAGAAGCUGAUGCUGGCCCAGGCAGGAAGUGGGUUCGCGUGUUUGGAUUGUUUGGGACCAAAAUUUGUGCAUGAAUUAGGGGUGUUUGAUGAAUUUAUGAUCACUUGUUCUUAUCGUGUAAGUUGGUUAUGUGUUGUCCAUGUCUAUUACUGGUGACCUCAUGGCAGGCCCAUGACCACAUCUAUCCAGUCCACUCUAUCCAUGCAAUCUAUUCCGUUGCCAUUUUGCAACCAUUUUCCUUUUCCCCAUAUAGGCGGUGACUGUUGAACCCGCCCCGAAGCCUUCAAC